AUGUCGCAGCCAAGCGCUGAGACCGGCCAGGCGGAGGUGGAUGAGCAGGAUGAUGGCAUGAUCCGUAUCGUCGAAUCGGAAACCCUCUUGCCGCCAGCAUUUGCUUCCAUGUGGCGUAACGGAGUACUUUGUGACGUGGAAAUCCGCGUUGAGGCUUGCUCAUUCAAAGCCCACCGAGUGGUCCUGGCAUCGUGUUCCGACUACAUGAGAGCGCGAUUCUGCAUUGGCAUGGCUGACAGCAACUGUGAGUCGAUGGACCUUCCCGAUAUGCCCGCCGCAGCUUUCGAGGCAGUCCUGCAGCACAUGUACACAGGUUCAUGCCUGAUUCCGGAGGACCUGCUGGUUCAUGUCCUCGAGGCGGCCUCGCGACUGCAGUACUUGAGACUGUUGGAGCUGACCUGGCACGUUGCAGAGGAGCGGCUGUCUCCCAAAAACUGCCUCCGAAUUUGGGAAGUGGCCGACCGCCUCUCCCUGACAAAGUUGCUGAAUGCUGCAAAGCUCAUGUGCAUCGGCAACUUCGAGGACAUCGCGGAAGGUUCGGAGUUCCUCACGAUGAGUGCCGAUCGACUAUUAUUGCUGCUCGGGGAAGACGACCUCAACAUCAGCAAGGAGGAGGUUGUCUUCGAGGCGGUGCGACGCUGGGUGAACGCCCAGGUAGACCUGCCGCCGCAGAAGCUCUUCGAGCUGUUCUCCAAGGUUCGCUUCCCGAUCAUGUCCAAGAACUUUGUCACGGAGAUCGUGCGGGCGGACCCGUUGAUGUCGGUGCCCGAAGCACUUCAAGCCCUCUUAGAUGGGAUGCAAGACGGCAACUAUCGCGUGGACACGCAGCGCACUCGACAAAGAAGGCGUCUUAAGUUCGACAGCUCGCGGGUCGUCGGGAAUUCAAUUGAGUUCCUGUGCAACGGCUCGCUCGUACGAAGCCUUCGGGACGCGCGGUCCUUCGCAGUGGCGGCACAGCCCCUGUCGCCGGACGGCGGCAGCUUUUAUGCUUGCCUCACAUGGUAUACCGGGAGCAUCGUCUACAUUGGUGUCGCGACUGCGCCUGACAACUUGAAUUCCUGGCAGGCAUGGGUGUGGAAUCCUUCUCAUCCGCAGUUCUGCCGGCACCGAGGGGGGAACAUGGAGCGAAGCACCAACUUCGGCUCGAUGAAGGUGGCCCAAGGUGAUGUGAUUGGUGUCCUGCGCCAGGGCAACACCCUCAUCUUCAGCCACAAUGGCAAGCUCGUUUGCCGCGGCAAGGACCAGUCCUCCCACGUCAUGGCAGCGGACUUGGAGGAUGAGGUCUUCCCUUGCCUAGGCUUUUGGGCAUCCAACGUCCAGUGGGAGGUCAUUCGGCCCCCGGAUCCGCGUAUUCCAGCUGUGCGCUGGCCCUAA